UCGCCUGUUGAGAUGAUCCCUGAAGAAAGUGAAUCUGACGGCGACCUGGAUGGGGAGUCUAUGAGUGAAGAAGAUGAAAAGGAUCCCAAGGCUGAAGAGAAGGGGGAAGCGAUUAGCGCUGCAGCCAAGGAGGCAGCAGACCUUCCUGCCAGGAACAGCCCCCUGGCUUUCUUCAAACUCGUGCAGGUUUUUGUUUGGUUCAAGCGGUGGUUUUCUUUUGAAUGUUAUUUUGGGGGAAAAGUUUGGGCGUGGUCAUCUCAAGUGUCACCAUGCCCAAAGAGUGGGCAGUCUUUACGAGGGAGUGUGGCAACAAGAAGAAAUUCCCAAUCAGCUUAUCAGAGCAUUUGCAGAGGGACAAGCUGGACUUGUUUCAAGUCUGGUUGGACAACAACCACAACCUCAAAGAGCUUCUUGCCUGAGAAUCAGGCUAGUUCACUUUUUUGGUUGCCCCUCAAUCUUUCUUGUUGUUGGCCCCAACUUACAUGAUCCUCCCUUUGAUUUGACCUGUCCCAAGGGUAGCGCUGCAAAUGGAGCGUCGGGUUGCGCAUGUCAACCGGGUUCGCACUGGGCGCACGGGGAAGAAGAAACGCGAGCUGCUAGCACUAUACCCUGCGGAGAAGGUGGACAAGUUGUGUGCAUUGCUGGCUUCCAAGCAAAUGUACAUGUGGGACCCUGACUUUCCCAACGAUGAGGAGGAGACAUCCACAUCCACAUCAUUGGUUUGGGCAGGUCCUAUUUUCCCAAUCAAACCAAUUGAUCUCUAUUGAAAAUCCCUUUGAAUUUGUCCCCAUCCAUGUCCCAGGAGAUCUACUACUAUGCCGGGGAUGGAGCCAGGAUCACCCAAGAUGAUGUGACGUCUACUGCGAUGACCUUGCAGGCCCAAACCCAACCUGAUGCCAAAACCCUCUCCGACUUGACAGCGGAGGGCGCUCCUCUUGCGGCUGGAGCUUUGCCAGACCUCCAAACGGUCGGUGCGGAUGGAAGCAAGGGUGUGUGGACGGCUAUGGGCUCUACGCUCAGUAUCUCCCUCCAGGCUGUUGAAUAUGGCGGUGAGUUGACAAAGCAGUUGCUGGAUGAGUCCAAGAAAAUGGAAAAGCUGUUCACCAACUACACAGACCUUGUGAAGCGCAAAGUCACCGAUGACUCCGAGUAUGACUCUGCAGCUGAUCAGGCUGCGGCAAAAUCUUUGCUUGCUGGCCUGAACAAGAAGGCGCCGAAGAAGAAGGCAGCCAAGAAGGAGAAAGUCGCGGCCGCCUCUUUGGAAAGUCAAUGCUUGGCGGGCGAAGCCGUGGUGCAGCGAAAGAUCUGUGGGAUCACUGUCUCCAGCUUCCCGAAUGGGAAGACCAUCCAGCUUUCUGUGGUGACUUCUCGGGGAACGACACGGAAAGAGACAGUGCAAAAGGAUGUGUACCGCUUGGUGAGCAAGCUGUUAGCUUGGUCUUUGAAACAUGCAGCUGCUGGGCGCUUUCCUAUGACUGGCUUUGCCAACGAAGAGUUUGACCCAAAGACUUUGAGGGGAGCACUCAAGGGACAAGUCUUAGCGCAGGGUUGGAGGGCCGCCUACUUGUGCACACGCUUCGAUGGCAAAGCUCGUGCAGAGACGAAUUGCUUUGAACGGAACUACAAGUGCACUUUCAUUUGCGAAAGCUGUAUGGCGCAAAACCCUCUGAACAGACACGACCCAAUGCUCUCCUACAGAGACUUCAGACCCGACAGAGCGCGUCACCUAACUGUGGUAGAUGAUCGCACUUAUCGCAGGACCUGUUCAGAAAUUAGCCCUUGGAGUGUGAUUCCAGGCUGGAAACUUCCUACCGCACUGCACGAUAUAAUGCAUGUUGUGUUUCUUGGAACAGCCAGGGACUUAAUACCUAGCCUGCUGGCAGAGUUUGUGGACCAUGGGUGUCUUGGUGAUGAUGCGACCACUCUGAACUAUCGCUUGCGUGCUUUCAGCAUUGAGAUGCACAAAGCCUUUCGCGCAGAGGGGAACCUUUUCUGUGUUAUGUUGAAUGGUGUGCACAUGCGCCAUGGGCGUCUGAUCAAACUUAAUUGUGUCUAUCUAGCAAUUCAUCUUAGGAUAAGCGUUCGCAAGAUCCUUUUCACUGUGCGGAACACUGGCCUAGACAACAGGGGCGCCUCCUUCCCAGCACUGGCGACUGCGUUCAAAGCCUCCCACAUCAAGAUGACGAUCUUGUGGUAUUUGUGCCAAAGAUCUGUUGAGUUCGCCACAGAAACCGAAGCGCCACGUUUGGAAGCAGCUUCUUUAUGCGUGUGGGCUUUGACUCGUGCUAUCCACAUUAUGGAUCAUAACGAUGUUCUUCUCACCAAGCCUGCUGCUGAAGAAAUUUGUGAUUUGCUCUUAGAGCACCUUUUGCGGUGGCAAGGGUUGAUGGAAGAAUGUGAGCGAAGUGGUGUGUGGCUUUGGCGAAUGAGACCGAAGCACCACUACUUAGAAGAGCUCGCCUUUUUUACAAAGCCAACAUGCCUUAAUCCUAGGCACACUUCGUGCUUCAUGGAUGAAUCUUUUCUUGGGUGCAUAAAAAAGGUUGCACUUCAGUGUCAUAGCAACACUGUCCUACUCAGGGUGUUCCAGCGAUUGUUCCUAAACUGGAGUCUUCGCUGGCGAGGUACGAACCUACAUGCACAGCAUGUCGAUGGCUCCUCGUGA